AAUAAAUUUGAAAAUUACAGAAACCCCCGUCCUCCUUGUUUCUCUAACAUGCGCCAUUUGCUACUCGCCACCACCACCACCAUCAUGCCCUCCUCCUCCUUCUCUGCCGCUGCCACGUCAUCCUCCUCCUCCUAUCCAACCCCCAAACCCAAAUCCUCAAACCCUAACCCUAACUCAAACCCUAAUUGCACCCUCCUCUGCAAGCACUCGCCGUCGGCCACCCUCGACCUCCUCAUCCUCAUCCUCGUCCUCUUCUCCGGGACCUUCCUCAUCACCUCCUACUUUUCCUACAUCUUCAACUCCCUCUCGCUCCUCCUCUCUCACUCCACCCUCCACCUCCACCACAUUCCCGUCCCCUACGUCGUCGGCUUCGUCGCCUUCUUCGCCGCCACGCUGUUCGUAGUCGAGUUCUGCUGCGGCAUUCGAUCCAGGAAGUGCGAUAGGCCCGGAUGUAAGGGCUUGAAGAAGGCCAUGGAAUUCGAUUUGCAAUUGCAAUCGGAGGAGUGUGUCAAGUCCGGGUCUAAAGAUAUCGAUAGGCUGCCGUGGAAGGGCGGCAGCGAGGGCAAUCCUGAUUACGAGUGCCUCAGGACUGAGCUGAGGCGGAUGGCGCCGACGAAUGGCCGUGCCGUGCUGCUGUUUCGGGCGCGAUGCGGAUGCCCGGUGGCCAAGCUCGAAGGCUGGGGUCCCAAGAGAGGACGCCGGCAUAAAAAGGCUCUGGCCAGCAUGGCUCUUAAUGGAGGAGAUCAUCGUUGAUUGUUAAGGAUGCUUUCACCACCGGAGUUCCGAUUACAUGUUCGAUCAUUUACCUGUUAAAUUAUAGACGUUAUUCUUGGCUUCACUCUCAAUCAAAACAAUUCUUUUUCAUUAAUCAUAUACUCCGGUGGCGCAUUUAUAUGUAGAGUCUGUAGACGAGCAUCUUCUCGAGCGAUUGUCUCUCGUAUGUGGAAGGGCGUAACAAAUUGAGUGAGAACAAAUAUAUCAAAUGUCAAUUGGAUAUUUUGUGUGCCUAA